AUAGGAGUUGUUGCUGUUCUGGGAGGAGUUACAUGUAUAAAGAUUUGUUGUGAUUUCCCUGGAUUGUGCUGCUGUGGACUUGAUAAAAGAAAUAAGAACAGAAAUUUCUCCCUUGAACAGUUGGAUAGAACAGAUAAACAGAUAGAUCAAGACGUGGAUAUAGAAUCUUUUACUUCCGAGGAGUACGGGAGAAUCAGCCAGGAUAGGAAUUAUCGGAGUAUCGGAUAACAAUUAAUAAUGCCUGAAGUAUCCAGCACUCCUGGCGUCCAAACUAUCAACCUUCCAGGCCUGCGAAAUACCGCGCUACCAGCUCGAGAACAAAAUGCUUACAAGCGCAUGCUGAAUUGUCUACAACAGAAACAGUUUAAGCAGGGAUUGAAGGCAGGAAAGCAAAUAUUGACAAACUCAAAGUACAGCAAUCACACAGAAACCUUGGCCAUACAGGGUCUCCUUCUCCUGGGCAUUGGUAAGGUUGAGGAAGCUGAGAAAACUGUAAGAGAAGGAUUAAAAGCUGAUCUAAGGUCUCAUUCUUGUUGGAAUUCUCUGGCUCUGAUUCAGAAGGAUCUGAAGAAAUAUUCCGAAGCUAUAAAAUGCUUUAGGAACUGUCUAAAGUUGGAACCUAAGAAUGAGGAAGUUCUACGUAAUCUUUCAGUUCUCUGUAUUCAAACCAGGGAUCUGGAGGGAUACAGGGAUACAAGGUUCAACAUCUUACAACUCAAACCAACCCAACGAGUCUCAUGGGCAGCCUUAGCUCUUAGCUAUCAUCUUCUAGGGGACUAUGAGAUGGCGGUGAAGCUGCUGGAUGAGCUGUAUAUGUCCCAGAGAAAGGUGGACAGGGAGGUGGUUGGACAGUUCAUACAAUCUUUUCUAAACAAGAAAACAGAAUAUGAUAUCGAGUAUAGCGAGAUAAUAAAAUAUCAUAUUAAAGGGAACCCAGCUUUCUUCGUCUGGAAACUAGAAUCCGUAUAA